AUGACGAGCGUGGGGACCGACUCCACGUCUUUAGAGAACAACAACAAGAGGACAGUGGCCGUCAGAUCUAGACGAUCGACUAGGACGAAGAGUCCUCUACCUGUACCGGCAUCAAUACCAAAGUCAAGAGACAGUAAGAAACGGAACACGGACAGUAAAAGUAGAGCUCAAUCAUCUAUCUCUACAUCCGCAACUACAUCCACCUCUUCUGAUGUGAACACAAUCACGUUGUCGAACGAAUAUGAGAACGAUUUCGAACCUACUUUUGAGAUUAUAGUAUUGGGUAGUGGGGGUGGGCCAUUGGAGACGGAUUGCUCGGGAUACCUUGUCAAAGCUUCCAAGAGCUCUUGGGAAGAUGGAGUAUUGGCACUGGAAGGUGGUUCGGGUCUCGGUGCAUUAGCUUCUAUACUUUCCAAUCCUACUACAUCAACGUCAAACCUCUUUCCGGAUCUUAAAUUCCCUCGUAAUUACAAUACACCAUUGUUACAGGCUGCCCAUGUGUUCUCAUUCCUAGCAUGCUACCUUAUCACUCACGCACAUCUAGAUCACGUCGGAUCCCUAAUCAUGCUAUCCGGAUCAGUCCCACCCAAAUCAGCUCAACAUACUCAACCUCCGACCGAUACCAACAACGUCUCACCUCAUAAAUCGACUGACCAGACUGAAGCAGCAACAGCAGCAGAGGCGACUCAUCCUAAACCGCACGUGUACGGAACGAGGAAAACGCUGGAACAAUUGAGUCAAGCUUAUCAAGGUGGAUUAUGGCCAGAAUUGGGAAGUUGGGUACCGGAUAGAGAAGGUGAUAGACCGCAUCACUCUGGAAGGAAGAAGAGGAAAAUUGAUGAUAGCGGUAAAAAUGGAUUGGGAUUGGUUAAUGGACCGAAUGGUGAGGUUGAAGGGACCGAGGAGAAUUAUAAUUCUUGUUUGUUGUUCAGUCCUCUAAACCCAGAACGUGUCCAUCGACCAUUACAUCCCACUCUCCCCAUCUCAUUACUCACAUAUCCAGUCGCACAUGGAUGUACCUCCAAGAACACUUAUGAAUCCUCGGCAAUGUUCAUACGUUAUGAUCCAUCUGCUCUGACUCAAACUCCAGCUUCAUCCUCAUCUCGCUCUCCGUCCUCCACUACGAAGGGGAAGGGGAAGGGAAAAGGCAAAGAGUUCUUAUUUUUUGGUGAUGUCGAGUCAUCAUUCAGGAAUCCGGCCGAAGAAGAUAUAGAUAUGGAAAGAGGGAAAGAAGCGAAAGAGUUGAAUGAACAUAUUUGGAAAGAAGCUAGUAAAAGUCAUAAAGGUGGGAGGUUGUGUGGGAUCUUCAUUGAAUGCUCAUACGAUUCAUCAAGACCUGCUCAUCUGAUGUUCGGACAUCUAAGUCCGCCUGGGUUAUAUGAGGAAUUGAAGACACUAGCUGGAUUCGUAUCAAAAAGUAAAAAACGACCUUUGGAAGGACUAAAGAUAUUUAUUAUGCACAUUAAAGACGCCUUGGUACCCCAUCCAACGGGGAAGACAGCGAGGGAAAUAAUAAUGUCUGAGUUGAAUGAUUUGGAGAUUGAGGGUGGGCUAGGUGUGCAGUUCGUAGAGACUAAAAGAGGUGAUAGGAUACGUGAGCACGAAUUCGUACGGUUGAAAUGA